GUAUUACAUCUUGCGAAAAUCACGGGUAAUUUAGUAAUUCGGCUGAACAAUCACGAGCACACUGAUCUGCAAGAAUAUAUUGGUUCCUAUGUUCCCGAUGGGAACGGUCGUUUUGUGUUUGUCGAAGGUCCGUUGGUAAAAGCAGCUCGUGAUGGGUAUUGGAUAAUACUUGAUGAACUGAAUCUUGCACCUACCGACGUUAUUGAAGCAUUAAAUAGGCUUUUGGACGACAACCGGGAAUUAUAUGUCGCUGAAACCAACACUGUUGUGAAAGCUCAUCCUCAGUUUCGACUGUUUGCCACGCAGAAUCCAGUGGGCUUGUAUGCCGGUCGAAAACGCCUUUCUCGCGCGCUGUUGAAUCGUUUCAUUGUUUUACGAUUCGAUCAACUUCCCUACGAAGAGUUGGCACAGAUGGUCGUUGUCAGUUGUGGCAUAGCUCCAUCGGCAGCGAACGCGAUGGUCUCCGUUUUUGUUGAUUUGCGAGCGCAGCGCAGUACUUUUGGUGUUUUCUCGGCACGUGAUGGUCUGAUGACACUACGUGAUCUAUUCAAAUGGGCCCAUCGACUUUCGGGCUCUGAUCAAACAGACUGGCGCCAGUCACUAGCAGAGCAUGGAUUUUUCCUGUUGGGUGCACGAUGUCGCAAUGUUGAAGACUUGAAAACAGUGAAACGAACGCUGGAAAAGAAUUUGAAACGUGAAAUUGAUAUAAAACGGUUAUUUUCGAUCGAUUCCCCGUAUUUGCCUGAUGAAUUUUGUGGACGAUCGACGAUCGGAACAGUGGUCCUCGCCGAUACCAUCCGAAUAAUGCUUAUUCUUGUGGCACAGUGCUGGCGGUUUUCUGAGCCUGCCCUGAUUGUUGGUGAGACGGGCUGCGGCAAAACAACAGUGGCACAAAUCAUUGCGAAGGAGAAGCUGCUUGCCUUAAACUGUCAUGAAAGAACGGAAGCGGCGGAUUUCCUGGGCUCAUUGCGUCCAUGCGGUGGUGGGACGUUCCGGUGGAUGGAUGGUAUCGUGGAGAAGCUGCUUGCCUUUAAUUGUCACGAAAGAACGGAAGCAGCGGAUUUCCUGGGCUCGUUGCGUCCAUGCGGUGGUGGGACGUUCCGGUGGAUGGAUGGUAUCGUGGUGCAGGCAAUGAAAGAGGGCCGACCUCUUCUCAUCGAUGAAAUCUCACUGGCCCCUGAUUCGGUCCUGGAACGCUUAAAUCCAUUGCUGGAGCAGUCGCGCUCGCUAUUCCUGAACGAUGCUGGAACAGCGAGUAGUGAAGUGCGUGCAAUGCCUGGAUUCAAUGUUGUGGCUACGAUGAAUCCCGGUGGUGAUCAUGGCAAGAAAGAGUUGUCAAGAGCGCUAAGAAAUCGAUUCACGGAGAUCUGGUGUUCGCCGGACGUUUCUGGUAGCGAUUUGACAUCAAUUGUGAAUCAGGUGCUGAGCACUAGCAGUGCUUUAUUGGACGAAAAUGAAUUGCUACGAUCAGCGAUUGCAAAUUGUAUUGUGCAGUUUGUAUUAUGGUUUGGAACCAAUUUCUCACAUGCAUUAAGAAGUACUACAACGAUUCGGGAUGUGGUAGCUAUUGCGCAGCAUAUCGCUGCUACGCUACCCCGUCUGAAUUCACCAGCCAGUGCAAUCUAUCAUGCAUUUUCGGCAACACUGUUUGAUGCCAUUGGCACGGUGCCAACACGCGCUAGCCUGAACCUCGAUAUCUUAACGAAACAAGCUGUUUCUGAGCUCUCUCGAAUCAUGCAAGAACAGUUAGGCAGUGCCUAUGAUGAAUGCUUUUUAUUAUCACUCCUUCCAAUCAUCGACCAGGAAGGACCUGAAAAUUUCGUUGUUGGUGAUUUUCACAUUCCUUUUGGACCAGCAGAACGCUUUAUGCCAAAAGAUUUCACGCUGGCUCGUGGACUUACGCUUGAUAAACCAAUAUUGCUGGAAGGCCCACCAGGAUGUGGCAAAUCAAGCACUGUUGUUGCAUUGGCAGCCAUAACUGGUCAUCCGUUGACCAGAUUAAAUUUAUCCGAGCAGACAGUGAGUGUUUUUUCUUUUCACACCUAA